UUGCGCUUUACAGUUGGUUUGCCUGCCUUGCGUCACAUAACACCCAACGAGGAAGAGGCUACCUGAGCGCGUUUCCUGAUAGUGAAAUUCUAGGAGCUGGAAAACACCGGGAAAGGAUGUCUUCAAAUGAUGAUGGGUAUGUGGUCCGUAUCAGAGGACUUCCUUGGAACUGCUCAAGGGACGAAGUGGCUAGCUUCUUCUCUGACUGUGACAUUGUGGGAGGCGCAGACGGAGUAUGUCUGACCUACACUAAAGAGGGUCGUUCCACCGGCGAGGCAUUUGUUGAGCUACAAACAGCUGAUGAUUACAAGAAUGCACUUGCCAAGGAUCGUAAAUACAUGGGACACAGAUACGUAGAAGUGUUUAAGUCAAAACUUAGUGAAAUGGAAUGGGUGCUGAGACGUAGCGGCCCUCCUCCUGACAGCUGCAAUGGCUGCAUGCUAAAAUUAAGAGGACUCCCCUUUGGCUGUAGCAAGGAGGAGAUUGUCCAGUUCUUUUCAGGGUUCAGAAUCGUGCCAAAUGGGAUAACUCUGCCAGUGGACUACCAGGGGAGGAGCACAGGGGAAGCCUUCGUGCAGUUUGCCUCAAAGGAGAUAGCAGAAAAGGCUCUGGGGAAACACAAGGAAAGAAUAGGGCACAGGUACAUAGAAAUCUUUAAAAGCAGCCGUUGGGAGAUCAAAGCCCACUAUGACCUUCCCCGGCGGGGGGGAACAACCCAGAGGCCUGGGCCCUAUGACAGACCUGUAGUAGCAGCCCCAAGGGGAAGCCUUUAUGGGCCUGGACGCACUGUGGGUCUGAUAGACAACAUGAGGAGUGGAGGCGGUUAUGGAGGAGGUUACAGUAGUUUUGACAACUACAAUGGUCUCAAUGACUAUGGUUUUAGUGAUGGGAUGUUUAAUGACCGAAUGAGAGGAGAGAGAGGAGGAAGAGGAAUUGGAGGCCACGGUUAUGGUGGACCGUCUGAUGGUGGCUCAGGUUUCCACAGUGGCCAUUUCGUGCACAUGAGGGGUUUACCUUUUCGGGCCACAGAGGGCGACAUUGCAAAAUUCUUUGCUCCACUGAAUCCACUGAGGAUCCACAUUGAUAUGGCGCCUAAUGGGAAGCCAACUGGAGAGGCGGAUGUGGAGUUUCGCUGCCAUGAAGAUGCGGUGGCGGCCAUGUCCAAAGACAAGAAUCACAUGCAACAUCGCUAUAUCGAGCUGUUCCUUAACUCAACAUCUAGUGGAGCACCUGAAAUGAGCCGUGGGGGAGGCGGUUACUACAGCAGCGGAGGAGGAGGAGGCUCAAGAAGUGGAGGACUACGAGGGGUGUACUGAUGUCCCCCAAUUGUCCUCUGAUAAAUCCUGGAGUUUGUCUGCGUCUUGGAACACCUGUUUUAAUAUUAUAGCAUUUCUUAUCAGGAAAGCUGAUGGUAGUCACUUAUUGUGUUACAAUUGACAUCAUUUAGUGCAGAGCUGUGACAAUUUCACCCCACAUAGAAUUUAGCCUGCAGCUCUGUUUCGACACCAUACCUGAAGAUUUAAUAUAGAAGAAAACACUUGCUUCCUUUGGUAAGAAAACAAAAUCCUAGUCCCUUAGUAUCUUGGGAACAUAUUUGUAUUUUGACUGUUUGUUCUUACAUUUUGUAUAUUUGGGUAUUGUAAUACAAUUAUCACAAAUAUAAAAGAGGUUCUUGCAUAGAGCAAAGAAAGAAAUGUUUGGAUUUGAGUAGGAACAUUUACAUUGUUUUGGUGCUGUGGAAAAAAAAAACACAAUUUCAUCCCAAAGAUUAUUGUUUUUGUUUUUUUGUAUACAAAAAUGAAAUAACACUCUGAAGUUGCAGGACAGAACAUAGUCAGGUCAGAUGUGAUCAACUGAAAACUUAAAAAAAAAAAAAAACUGCUGUAAAAAUGUUCUUUAUAUUUGAUGUUUUGUAAAGGAUUUCUUUUUUUAUUCAAGAUGAAUUUGUUAGACCAUCCAGACAAACAGAUUUCAGAUCAGCUUUCCUGGUUUGAAAGGUUUUAUGUGUAUUUUUUUUUUUCUUGCUUUUUAUUCAAUGUUUUCACAAUUCUUCAGAGUUUAAAGUCUAAGUUGAAUAUGAACUCCACUCCUAAUGAGUGGAAAUAAAAGAAGAUCUUUAUAUUUGAGCUGUAAGAUAGCCUAUUAAGCUGUUGUAUAUUUGCUUAAUAAAUUUUGUAUUUAAUUGUU